GCUAAUCUUCACUCUGGUUAUAGUUGAGCAAAGAUACAGAGGACACAAGUUAAUGAGCCACAUUGAUAUGGGGAGAAAUGUUUUCAAGACUGAGGAUAGAGAUAUCUACCAGCUUCUCAAUCAAGAGCCCAGUAGGACCACGUUUCAGUAAUAGGGGUGAAGUAGAUGUAGAUUGAGUGUAACAAAAAUUAUAAAAAAUGACAGUAAAAUAAUUUUUCCAAUAAACAAAAGUGGAAAAAAAUUCUUCAACCAUAGAUAAAUUAAUUUAAAAGGAAACACAGAAAUAUAAGCAGGAAUGAUAAACAUCAACCCCAAAGGGUAAUAUGCAAAUGAGUCAUCAAUAUUGACUGUGCAAUAAUUUUAAUGUAAUAUGCCGUUUAAAUUUAUGCAAAACUUCAAUGUACAAAAAUCAUGUUGAAGAUAAAGUUAUAUCAAUAUUGAAGAAGUAGAGAAGUAGUAAUUUGUGUUAAACUUUAGUAUAGCAAGAGUACAUAUUUAUAGUAAACACCAAAACAAGUUUAUAAAAUGACAAAAUAAAGAUUUGAUAUUUCUAAAAGAAGCAAUGGAAGAAUGAAUACGACACAUGAAACAUAAGAGCCAAAUAGAAUAUGGUUAGAAGUUUCAGCUAACAUAUAACCCCAAUUAUACCAGUAAUUAUUACACAUUGCAUGCAUGUGUCAAAAUAUCACAUGUGCCCCAUAAAUAUAUACAAAUAUCGUCUAACAAUAAAAUAUGGAAUUGAACUAAAUGCUCCUAGUAAAAUACUUGAGAUUAUCUGAUUAUACAUUAUUAUGAUUGCAGACACCUUUAAGACUGAGGCUAUGAAAGAAUAAAGACAUGGCUCCUCCCGCCAAUCGCAGCUCCUGGGACCAGGGUAGCUCGGUCUGUCCUCCGCCUCACCAUGACUUCCGACGGCUGUCGCCCGUUGUCCAGCACAUUGUCCUUCGGGAGCCUGGGCGACAGCUCCCUGUAUUUUGGGGCGGAGGGCGCCUUUGGCGCACCCAGCAUGGGCGUGAGCUCCAGCAGCCGCGGCGUGUCGGUGUCUUCCUUCCGCUUCGUGUCCUCGUCCUCCGCCUGGGGAGACGGCGGCGUCCUGGCCGGGUCCGAUGGGCUGCUGGGGUGUAACAAGAAGAUCCCCACGCAGAACCUCAACCACCGCCUGGCCUCCUACCUGGACGAGGUGCGCGCCCUGGAGGAGGCCAAUGGCGAGCUGCAGGUGAAGAUCCGCGACUGCAGCCGCUACUACAAGACCAUGAGGACCUGCGGGACAAGAUUCGUGGUGCCACCACUGAGAACGCCAGGGCUGUCCUGCAGACCCACAGCGCCCCUCUGGCUACAGGGCAUUCCGAACCAAGGCUGCGACGGAGCGGCUCUGCGCAUGCGCCUCGGCAGCCAUGAACGUGCGCAGGUGGUGGGCGAGCUGAUCCAGGCAGGACGGCAUGCAGAUGUAGAUCCAAGGCCUGAAGGAAGAGCAAGGCAGCCUGAAGAAGAACCAUGAGGAGGAAGUCAGUGCCCGCAGGCCAAGCGGGAGGCCAGGUCGGUGUGGGGAUGGAUUCGGCUCCUGACACCGAUUUCUCACCAAGAUCCUGAGUGACGUGCGAAGGCAACGUGAGGUCAUGGCGGCCGGAACCGGAAGGACUGAACCGGAAGGACUGAGGAGCUGAACCGCGAAGGUGCUGGCCACAUGGAGCGCCUCCAGAUGAGCAGGUCCAAUGUCACUGACUUGCGGGCACCCUCCAGGGUCUUGAGAUUGAGCCGCAGUCACAGCUGAGCAUGAAAGCGGCCUUGGAAGGCACACUGGCGGAAACCGCCACGCGCUUUGGGACCCAGCUGGCACAGAUCCAGGCGCUGGUCAGCGGUGUUGAAGCCCAGCUGGGUGAUGUGCUAGCUGACAGUGAGCGGGAGAAUCAGAGUACCAGUGUCUCAUGGUCAUCAAGUCGCAGCCGGAGCAGGAGGUUGCCACCUACCACAGCCUGCUCAACAGCCGGGAAGAUCACUACAACAACCUUUCCACCUCCAAGGCCCUCUGAGGCGGCUGGCUCCUGGGUUUCUGCUCUCCUUCAGAGGGCAUCUCCUGGGUAGGGGGACGAGAAGUCUCCUGGGAGAUUAAAAUGAGUGAUCUAGAGGAGAAGGAUGUUGAUGAAUUCAGCUCCAGUGGUUUUAAGUGUCCAACAUGCUUUGCAGUGCAGGGAAGAAAAUGCAAUGCAGAACUCAAAGGGUAUUCGUGACAUAGCUGUUGAAAUGAAGAGAUGCAUGCAAUCAGACCUAUGCAAAGAGAUGAUAACUUCUUAUAUGGGUUUUCCAAUUACUAACAAGAGUAGAAAUUGCAAAUCAGCCAUCAGAAUUGGGGCCAGAAUUGGACCCCCAUCUCCCAUCUUCUUUGUUCUUUUAUUGAGGAAACUACUUCAUUGAGCUCUGGCAAGAGCUUAGCCACUUUCAUUUAUAAA